CUUAUAAUGAGAUAUAUGUGUGAGAGAAAAAAGCCUCUUAUGAGAUAUAUUUGUCUCUCAUUCCACCACGGAUCCGGGCAUCGCUGCCCCGACCAGGGGCGGAGGGAGGGGUGCCCAGGCUGGGCCAUGGCCCAGGGCAAUUUUUUUUAUAUUAUAUAUAGAAUUUUGAUCUGUUUUAGAAACUGGCCCAGGGAAAAAAUAAAACCGGCCCAGUAUACAAACAUUAUGGGCCAGUGUAAAGAGUCCAAGUUCUAAAAUCUAAAUCUAAAGAAUGGGAGAGGUAACGCACUAACGCUAACCCAGCAGACAAGCGGCCAAGCCAAAUCGUCCCAUCCUCACUGCUAUUCAAUCGGACGAACGCCUCAACGAAUCAGCCCUGAGCACCGCCAAAUGAUUCGCCGUACUUCGCCGCCGAAUGAUUCGCCGUGCUUCGGCGUACUUCGCCGACUCGCUGGAGUGGUGCUGUGUGUCGAACUGCCGACUGCCGUCUGCUACUAUUCUUGCCGGAGUUGCCGAGUUGCCGACUGCUUCUUUGGUUCUUAUCACUGCCUUCUGCCGUUCUGCUCAUCUAGGCGACUAGGCCGGCCAGGUAGGUAUGGCUACUCAAUCUACUUUCAAAAAGGCGAAAAUCACAUUGCGUUCGUUUUAUAAGCCUAGUACAAGCACACAAAGUAGACAAGAGUUAAAUGUCCCAAUUGAAACUCCUAAUAUCUCAUCCACUCAUGAGGAAGUAGUUUCAGAUACACCUGAAAUUGAGCGGGAUCCAGGAAAACGCAAAAAGAUAAGUGAUUGGCCUUUUGAGAAAAGAGAUGAAAUUAGACGAUCUUAUUUGAUGCUUGGACCUUAUCAACCGAAAUUGAACUUUUACAAAGGUCGAGUUUACAAAGAUAGGGUACGUCGUUUUCAAGCCACUUGGUUCAAUGAAUUUAAUUGGUUGGAAUACUCUCCAACAACACAUAAGGCAUAUUGACAGAGUUGGAGUGUAGAUUCAACGAAUCAUCAGUUCAAUUGCUCCGACUUAGUGUGGGUUUGGAUCCAAAAAAUUCUUUUGAAUCAUAUAAUGCUGAUGAUAUCUACAAGCUUGCUUUGGAUUUUUAUCCCAAUGAUUUUCAGGCUCAUGAGAGGCAUGCUUUGAAGAGUGAGUUGCAAUUUUUUGAACCUCACAUAGUUCAAAAUUCCCAGUUUCAAGUUCAUUCUCUUGCGCAAUUAAGUGAAGAGUUGCUCAAAUCUGGAAAGGCGGAACACUUCAAAAUGAUUACAAGAUUAAUUCAUCUUGUAUUGAUUUUACCUGUUUCGACUGCAACAACAGAAAGAUCAUUUUCUGCAAUGAAACUCGUGAAGAAUGAAAUUCGUAACAAGAUGAAAGAUGAAUUUCUUGCCGAUCGCUUGACCAUCUUUAUUGAAAAGGAAUUUUCCAACAAAAUCGACGUCGAGUCUGUCAUAGAUGAGUUUGCUAAGGUCAAAGAACGUCGUGUUCAGUUAACAUUUUAGUUUCAAACAUUGUAUGUAUUGUUUAAAAAUAUUACUAUGAAUUUUAAUGGGUUUUAA